UUAUUUGACAUUACUCUUUCAUCUCAAUCUGAAAAAUUCCAAUUCAGGUCGUUCGCUGUCUGCUCUGAUAAUUUCUGAAGAUGGAAAGUUUAGUUGAUUCGGAAGGGAAGCCUGGAGGAGGAAGAAGCGAGCAUGGAGAGCUGAGAAAUAUUGACGAACAGGAAGCUAGUUCGACUUUUGAGGAUUCGCACACGACGGAAUCGAAGAAGACUGAAUGGACAAACGAGAAACACAGUUUGUAUCUCAGCUCUAUGGAAACGUCGUUUGUUAACCAGCUAUAUGAUUCCUUGGACUCAUUUGGUUGGAACUCUGGGGAAUCAAAUCCUAAAAGCUCUAGGCAAAAGCAUUCCGCUUCUGGCCAGUUUAAAGUCUUUCGAGAUGGCAGUUGGACUAGAAUUGAUGUGAAGAGAGAUGAACCUCGGUUGAAUCGGAAAGAGGAAUCUGGUCUCUUCUUGGCAAGCCCUUGGAUCAAGCGCUAUAGACCACACAGACAUCAUAAUGGAACAUCUCAAAACCAAUCUCAGCUUCCUUUGCACCAAGAUUCAAUUGACAGCAUUGCAGAGGUUACAGAUCAAAACUUUGUUGAUGAAGAUCUUGAAGCCAAACCAUCUCAGAAAAGGCAAGGCAUGAAGAGGGUUAAAACCUCUUUAGUUUCUGAAUCAAGCAAUGAUCAAGUAGUACCCUUUGGAGACAAUGCUGAGGUUCAUGGUUGCACGCCGCAAGUCAUUGGGAAUCAUCAGUGAAGAAUUACGGCGUAUAAUUGACUUUGGAUUCAUCAUUCUAACCCAAGAUGAGAAGCCAAGAACACCUUUAAUUCCUCCCCUACAUGGGUAGUGUAAUGGCAGGGAAAGGACAGGGGAGAAGAGGCUAAGGGUGUGGUGUGUGGGGUGGGUAAGGUGUAAGCUUGAGCUAUUUGUAGUAUGCUAUUAUUAUAACUAUGAUUUUGAAGGUGCCCCUAAGCUGCUGUAGGCAUGCUUUUGGAUCCACAAAUCACGAUCUUGUGAAUCUUUAACGUAUUUGGAAAAUGGUAUCUUGAUUGUUUUUA